CGGCUGGCUGCGUCGGCUUCGGAUUGUUCGGCGUUCGGAUGAAGGAAGAUGCGCUGGGCGUUUGAUUAUCUGCAUACGAAAUACUCUUACGGCGUGGCCUUUUCUUUCUCGCACCAGCUCUCUUCUUUUCGCUCUUUUCUCCUUGCGGGAAGUGAAAUGUCGUGCAGCUCAGCCAGCCCGGUCGAAGAAGAAUGCUUGAUCGGGAGGGAAUCGUCGAAGCCGUCGAAGAGGUGGCAGAUUUUCACCGGCUUGGUAUAAAAGCUCGUACCUGGCAUCCGGAAUGAUAACAGUAACCGCUUGCAGCAGCAACCAAGAGCAUCGUGCUUUUCAGCCCACUCCCGUAGAGCCAACGCAACAAGCCUUGAACAUGUACAAACAAUCGAUUGUCGUGCUGUCGUGCGUCGUCGCACUGGCCUUUGCCGCACCACCGGCCCCGCUCCAGAAACGCUCACCGGCCGGCGGUCCCGAUGCGGAAGCUACCGUGGUGGCGCAGGACCAGAUCAUUAACGAGGGUGGCUCGUACGCGUACAACUACGAAACGAGCAACGGCAUCAAGGCGCGCCAGACGAGCGACAACGGCGUCACGGCGACUGGCGAGUACUCGUUCGUCGGACCGGACGGUGCUUCCUACUCGGUCGUGUACGUCGCCGACGAGAACGGAUUCCAGCCGCAGGGCGCUCAUCUGCCGACCGAGCCGCCAGCACCCGAGCACGUCAUCAAGCUACUGGAGGAUCUGCGCGCCAACCCGCCAUCCGACCCCGAGUUCGAUCUGGCCUCGCUGGAAGCUACUCUGGCCCGACUCCGCGCCACCCAGGGCUAAAAGGGGAAACUGUCCCGGCCGGGUCCCAGCACGAUCAACGGAUGAUUUGUACAUAGCUUCAAUCGACCGCGUUGGGCUCUCCCUUGUACAUACAACCCAGCACACCGGAGACGCAUCGUACCUGUACACCACCGUACACCUCCCGAUCGUACAGCCGCGGUGGGGAGACGUUCCUCUACCCGCGGAACGCCAACUCCCCCGCGUCACCCCGAUCGGAUCGUCGAAUAGUUAAAUGUAGUAGUUUCAAUUUAGAUCCAAUUCUAGCACCAAUAAAUGAAUGAACGAACAAA